GUAAAUGUUUUAUUUUUCUAAGUAACGUAGCUUGUAUAAUAAAAUAUGGAAGGAUACUCAAGAAAAGCUUUCGGAUAUUCUGGCUCUGGAGCCAGAUCCGGAAACUCAAAAACCUGAAAAGGAUCGUGCUGCAGCCUUCCAGACAUUGGCAACAUUCUAUAUCAAAUAUAUUCAAAUAUUCCGAAAUCUUGAGAGAUGUUAUGACCAAAUUGUUCAUCCUCAAAAGAGACGUCUUUUGAGAUCGCUUCUGGAUUCAGUUAUUGGAAGGUUUCUUGAAAUAAAAAAGGAGAUGGUGAAGCUAGAACUAUCUGAAUAUCAUUAUUUCGAUGACAUACUAAUAGACCUAAAAUUAACUCCAGACGAUGUGGAAAUACCGAUACCGAAAUAUUUUGUUAACGAAAACUUCAGAGCACUCAGGGAUAGAGAACAUUUUCUGGAACACAUCUUAUCAAGUUUAAAGGCCGAUGAGGAAAAGAGUGAAGAAGUUCAAAUGACACUUGAUCAAGCUAUACGCCUUAUUCAACGACAUGAACGUGCACGUCAAGGAAGGAUAAGAGCUAAAUUUAUGCGAGAAAUUCGCCAACAAGAAGAAGUUGAAAAAUCUAAAGGUGAAGAUAGAAAAACUUAUACACAAGAAGAAGCUGCAAUUAUCUUUCAAAAAAUUUGGAGAGGAUUUUGUUGUCGUAAAAAGGUUCAUGCAAUGCGUAAUGAAGAGUUGGUUUGGCUUGGUAUGGUACCAUCAAACCUACAUCAUAUUGCACAAAAAUCUAGUAUCACUAAACUGGCUGAUCGGGUCGAUGCUGUGCGUAGAGUAACACAAAAUAUUUAUGAACAAGAAUAUCAACAAGCAUUAGUGAAAGUGAAAGAGAAAAUUCGUGAUACAGAAGGUCCUGAUAUGCGUGAAACAAUGCGAGAUCAAAUGCGUCAAUGGUUUAUUGAAUGCAGAGAUGCAACUGGUCGAUUUCCUGACUAUCCAGAAGAAGGUGAAGGCGGUUCUGCUGCCAUAUUCAAAGAAAAGACACCAGAGGAACUGGAAAGAGAGUUAAAAGAGAAGGAAGAGGCAAGUCAAAAGGGUAAAGGUAAAGACAAAGGCAAGGCUAAAAAGCCUUCACCUAAAAAAGAUGACAAACAAAAGAAGAAGAAGAAAGGAGAGGAUGAACAAGAAGGUUUUAAGAUGUCACCUUCAGCAUUUCUCGGGGAUUUACAUGAAGGCUGUCAUAACUAUCAAG